AUGUCUCGUCGUCGAACAUCCCACAGCGAGGCCAUGAACGAGGCCCCGGCGUAUCCUUUCGCGCCCUUCCAGCCUCCGGCCCCUCGUCGAGGUCCCAUCGAAGGUCCCAAUGGCCGCCGCCUGAUCCGGCGCGUCACCUGGCGCUCUUCGACCUACAAGUUAAUGGCUUCGUUGUGGGUGUUGGGCGUCCUCUAUAUCCUGUGGUUAAUCCGAGACCUAUUCUACUUGCCGUUCACCCCGUCCGAGCUCGGCCCGCCCACCGACGAGUGA